CACCGGCUGGCCGCCCUCUGCAGCGGCUGUGAGUCCUCAGAGCCUUGGCGAUGGAGUACAUGGACCGUUCCGCGCGGUUCUUGCGCCCGUACCUGGUGCGCGACGCGGCGCGGAGGACGAUGCCCUUGGGGCUGCUGGGCCUCAUGCUGGGCGGAUCCGUCAUCAAGGAUUGGGCGCCGCUGCCUGACACCUACAUGAGCAACAAACGCAACCUGCUUAACAUGUAUUUUGUUAAAGUUGCCUGGGCCUGGACCCUUUGUCUGCUGCUGCCUUUUAUAGGCAUCACUACCUACCACGUCACCCGGAGUGUUGCGGUGGUGGUUCGACGUCUCAGUGCUAUGCUGGUUGGCACUGCCAUUUGGUAUUCAUGCACCGGGGUGUUCCUGUACAUUGAGGAUCUCACAGGCAACUGCUACAAAUCUGCAGCCCUUGAUGUACCGCUGAAGGAACAUCCCAACAAACUACAGUGCCUAAAAGCUGGUGGCUUCUGGAAUGGCUUUGACAUCUCGGGACACUCCUUCCUUCUCUCAUACUGUGCCCUGAUUACUAUAGAGGAGAUGGCCGUGUUACACAUUGUGAACAUCUCCCAGAACUCCAGAUUGCACACUGUGGUAAAUGGCUUUUUCCUGGCCCUGAGUUUCUUGACCAUGAUUUCGUUGUGGAUGUUUUUUACCACAGCUGUGUAUUUCCAUGACUUCUCCCAAAAGUUAUUUGGCACGUUGGCGGGUCUCUUGGCUUGGUAUGGAACAUACAGGUACUGGUACCUAACUCCUUUGUCUCCUGGACUUCCUCCGGAAAGAACAAGUUGGAGUUCCCGAAAGUCCUGCCGUAGCCUAUAAAAAAA